AAAAGAUCCAGAAUAUAAUUUCAGUUAAGCUUGCUUUCUUUCUUUCUUUUUCUUGCGUUUAUUUCCACGCAAAUAGCGAAAUCAUAUUAUUUCCUUGAAGCAUAAAAACCAUAUUAUUGUUAUUAUUUGAAGUAAAAAAGAAAAAAAAGAGUAAAAUAGCGGAAUUGGGAGAAGGCGGAAAGACUGGAGUAGUAAUCAGCAAGUGAUUCUGUUCUACGAAUUGCUUCUUCGUCUCACUUUUUCCCCUCAAUUUCUUGUUGGCGGAAACCCUAGUUUCUUCAGUCAAAUGGAAAUCGAUUCUGCAGAGUAUCAGUUAAGGUGUCAACUUAGUGGUCACGAUGACGAUGUCCGGGGGAUUUGCAUAUGUGACAAUGUUGGUUUUGCAACAUCAUCUAGAGACAGAACUAUUAGGUUUUGGUCUCCAGAUGAAUCUGACCACCGCAGUUAUACUACGUCAAAGAUAUUGCUAGGGCAUACAAGUUUUGUUGGUCCACUAGCUUGGGUUGCUCCGAGUGAGGGGCUUCCUGAGGGAGGACUUGUAUCUGGUGGCAUGGAUACUCUUAUCUUGGUGUGGAAUUUGGCUACUGGAGAGAAAAUUCAGACACUUAAGGGUCAUAAGUUGCAAGUUACAGGUAUUGCUUUGGAUGGCUCAGACGUUGUAUCAACAUCUGUUGAUUGUACAUUAAGACGAUGGAGGAAAGGCCAAGAGGUUGAAGUUUUGGAAGCUCAUAAAGCAGCUAUCCAAGCAAUUAUUAAAUUGCCCUCAGGCGAGCUUGUUACAGGCUCAAGUGACACAACGCUGAAGCUUUGGAAGGGAGCAGCAUGUACACACACUUUUUCUGGGCAUACAGACACUGUUCGAGGACUUGCCGCAGUGCCUGGUUUAGGAAUUCUUUCUGCAUCCCAUGAUGGUUCCAUAAGGCUGUGGGAACUUUGUGGUCAAGUUCUACUGGAGAUGGUUGGUCACACUUCUAUUGUCUAUUCUGUUGAUGCUCAUGCCUCUGGGCUUAUAGUCAGUGGCAGUGAGGAUCGUUUUGCAAAGCUAUGGAAAGAUGGAGUUUGUGUCCAAAGCCUAGAGCAUCCUGGCUGUGUUUGGGAUGUCAAAUUCUUAGACAACGGCGACAUUGUGACCGCAUGCUCUGACGGUGUUGUGCGCAUUUGGACUGCCCAUCAGGAUAAGAUUGCUGAACCUCUAGAACUGGAGUCAUAUGCUGCCCAACUCUCACAGCACACGCUCAGUAGGAAGAGAGUUGGAGGGUUGAAAUUGGAAGAGCUUCCUGGGCUGGAGUCCUUACAGACCCCAGGUACUAGUGAUGGGCAAACCAAAGUUGUCCGUGAAGGGGACAAUGGAGUGGCAUAUGCAUGGAAUAUGAUGGAACAGAAGUGGGAUAAAAUUGGUGAAGUCGUUGAUGGGCCUGAUGAUGGCAUGGCACGUCCUCUUCUUGAUGGAAUCCAAUAUGAUCAUGUGUUUGAUGUUGAUAUUGGAGAUGGUGAACCUAUUCGCAAAUUGCCUUGCAAUCGCUCAGAUAAUCCAUAUGACGUUGCUGACAAGUGGCUACUCAAAGAGAAUCUGCCUCUUUCUUACCGUGAACAAAUUGUGGAGUUUAUUCUUCAAAAUACUGGUCAGAAACAGUUUACUCCAGAUCCAUCAUUCCGUGACCCCUACACUGGCAGUAGCGCUUAUACACCAGGCCAACCAUCAAUGCCAGUUGCCGCAGCAGCAAAACCUACUUUUAAGCAUGUCCCAAAGAAAGGAAUGCUUGUCUUUGAUGCAGCGCAAUUUGAUGGUAUCCUCAAGAAAGUUUCAGAGUUCAAUAGUACUUUACUUUCUGACUCUGCGCAAAAACAUAUGGCAUUGACGGAGGCUGAUAUGUCCAGACUGGCUUCUAUCCUUCAUGUUUUGAAGGACACAUCACACUACCAUAGCAGGAAAUUUUCAGAUGAUGACGUUGCAAUGGUGCUGAAGUUGCUAAAAACAUGGCCGCAGACGAUGUUAUUUCCAGUAAUCGAUAUUUUGAGGAUGAUCAUACUGCACGGUCAUGGUGCUGAUGUACUUUCCAAGCAUAUCAACAAUGCCAACGAUGUGCUUAUGGAGUUGAUCAAGAAGGUCACUACCAGUCCUCCACUUCCUGCAAAUCUUCUGACAAGUGUUCGUGCUUUGACUAACUCCUUUAAGAAUGGAUCCUAUCAUGGUUGGCUGUUAAAGCAUCGCGCGGAGGUUUUGGAUGCCUAUUCAACUUGCUACUCAUCUACCAAUAAGAAUGUUCAGUUGGCUUAUUCAACAUUGAUACUCAACUAUGCUGUUCUCUUGAUUGAAAAGAAGGAUGAAGAGGGACAGUCUCAAGUUCUUUCGGCUGCACUUGAGAUUGCAGAAGAGGAAAGUGUUGAAGCUGAUGCAAAAUUUCGGGCUUUAGUUGCAAUAGGAUCACUGAUGCUUGAAGGUGUCGUGAAAAAAAUAGCGUUGGACUUUGACGUUGCAAAUAUUGCAAAAGCAGCAAAGGCAUCUAAAGACACUAAGAUUGCUGAAAUUGGAGCUGACAUUGAGCUCAUCACAAAGCAGAGUUGAGCUACUAACUUAGCAUGGGUCGCGGUUUAGAACAUUUUUUGCCAGAGUGAAGAAGCACGAAACAGAAUUAUGCUUCUGGUUGUUUACAGCUUUGGCCAACAAGAAGGAAGCAGCUAGUCCUUUCGACAGCUAGUAUGUUUGUUGCUCUAGGAGGGUACCUUUAUCUGCUUCGAUUUUAUACACGAGACGAUGUCACAAUGUCUCUCUGGAGACAAGACCUUUUCUUCUUGUUGCUUUUUGUUAACAACAAUGGUAAAGGAAAAUGGUUGAACGUGACAAGAAAGAGAGUUGAACUUGUAAAAGCAGUCAAAAUUUGUAAUGAAAUCUAAAGCAACUUUUCUUGA